AGUUUAUGAAGGAGAACGUGCUAUGACAAAGGAUAACAACUUGUUGGGAAAAUUCGAACUGACUUCCAUUCCUCCAGCACCACGUGGUGUCCCCCAGAUCGAAGUCACCUUCGACAUAGAUGCCAAUGGUAUUCUGAACGUUAGUGCUAUUGAAAAAUCUACCAACAAGGAAAAUAAAAUCACCAUCACCAACGAUAAGGGACGUUUAAGCAAGGAAGAUAUUGAACGCAUGGUUAAUGAUGCUGAAAAAUACAAGAAUGAAGAUGAACAACAAAAAAAUAUCAUUGCCGCCAAGAAUGGUUUGGAAUCCUACUGUUUCAACAUGAAGAGCACAAUGGAAGAUGAAAAAAUCAAAGAAAAGAUCCCAGAAUCUGACAAGAACACAAUUUUGGAAAAAGUUAACGAAACAAUCAAAUGGUUGGAUGCAAACCAACUGGCUGAAAAGGAAGAAUAUGAACACAAACAAAAAGAAUUGGAAGGCAUUUGCAACCCAAUUAUCACCAAAUUGUAUGCUGGUGCUGGUGGUGGUAUGCCAGGUGGUCCCGGUGGUAUGCCUGGAUUCCCAGGAGCUGCUGGUGCUGGUGGUCCCGCCCCAGGUGCUGGCUCAGGAGCCGGUCCAACUAUUGAAGAAGUCGAUUAAACUUAAUUGCCAUUCAUCACAUUCCUACAUCGUUUGAACACCAACAGAUAACUUGUUUUUUUUCUGAUGCAUUUACUUUCUAUGAUCAAUAAUAAAAUACACUUAUAAUUUCA